AUGCCCAACAUCCGCCUCGGCGUCGGGCUCCUGGCGGCCCUGGCGGCGGGUGGCGCUGUCGCCCUGCUCUGUUACUGCGUCUACCUGGACCGGAGGCGGCACAGAGACCGGGCGUUCCGGCGGCGGCGGCGGGACCAGAGAAGAGCUGAACAGCCCAAGGCCCAGGCGCGGGGCAGGCAGUCAUGGGAUCCAGCAAAGAAGGAAAGACUACAAGAAUUUUUUUUGCAAGAGGUGCAAAUGGGAAAACUUUGUUUAGCUAGAGGAGAGCGUGGAAUGGGAGUUGAACAUCUCACCAAUGCCCUUUUAGUGUGUGGGCAACCGAAGGAGCUUUUGACAUUUUUCAAACAAACACUCCCUCCUGAGGUAUUUCAGAUGCUAUUGUACAAAAUUCCCCUUAUCUGCCAGGUGAGCAUGUAUUUAAUUAUCCUUGUGAAACAUUCCAUAACCAUGAGGGACUUGAUUACAGAGAAAUGAUGACUGGAUGUAAAUU